AUGCUACUCAAAGUAACUGAUGGAUUUUCUUCAAGAAAUUUGCUUGGCUCGGGAACUUCUGGGUCUGUUUUUAAAGGAAUACUCGAUGGAAAGACAGUUGCCAUUAAAGUACUCAACUUGCAACAAAGAGGUGGGUCUAAGAGUUUCAUGGCAGAGUGUGAGGCAUUGAGGAAUAUCCGUCAUCGUAAUUUGGUUGGGAUACUAACAGUAUGCUCAAGUAUGGAUUUUCAGAGAAAUGAAUUCAAAGCUCUUGUUUAUGAGUUCAUGCCCAACGGAAGUGUUGAGAGAUGGCUACACGAAGAUGGAAAUCUGAGCCUUCUCCAAAGGUUGGAUAUAGCCAUUGAUGUGGCACAUGCACUAAAUUAUCUCCAUUCUGAGCGUGAUAGUCCGAUUGUGCACUGUGACCUAAAACCAAGCAACAUACUACUUGACGAUAACAUGGUUUCCCAUGUAGCAGAUUUUGGGUUAGCAAAGGUCCUAGAUCGGCCCUUUCACCCAAACCAAAGCAGUUCAAUUGGCGUUAGGGGAACCGUUGGCUAUGUUGCUCCAGAGUAUGGCUUGGGAAAUGAAGCAUCUCUCGAGGCCGAUCUCUACAGUUACGGAAUUCUACUGCUUGAGCUAAUGACAAGAAAGAGACCCACCAACGAUAUGUUCAAGGAAGACUUGAGCCUCCAUAUGUAUGCAAAGGCAGCAUUGCCAGACAAAGUAUUGCAGAUUGUCGACUCUAAACUUUUGGAGGAUAAUGAAAGUGAGGAAGCUGAUGAAACGAGACCAAUGACUCAAGUGAAGCUUAAAAACCGAGAGGAGUGCAUGAUGUUUGUCGUAAAGGUUGGAGUUGCUUGCUCAAGUCAUUUUCCAUACGAUCGAAUGAAGAUAAGGGAAGCUCUAAACGAACUAUAUCAUGCAAGAAACAUCCUUUGCAAACCCAAAUACAAGCGUUACUUCCAAUUGAAAGAGGGUAAGUGA